AUGUCCGCCGCCGUGGCGCCUGCGCCGCGCGGCAUGCAGCGCCGCUCGCUUGUCCUCGCCGCAGCAGCGCCGCUCUCGCCCGCCAGCAGCAGCGCUCUGCCGGCCGCAGCGGCGCACUCGCCCGCAGCGUUCGCUCGGCGGCGCCUCAGCCUCGGCGAGAGCGCGCUCAUGGCCGCAGCGCCGCGCAUCAGCUCCGACAGCCUGGCCACGGGCAGCAGCAGCUCGAGCGGCAGCAGCGCCCAGACGAUCAUGCCGCACUCUGCCGUCGCUGCCACGCCGCGCGGACGGCAGGCCAGCCUGGCACGCUCGCCUCGCUCAGACGUGACCACGUUCGCAGCCGCCAGCUCGUCAGGGCCGCAGCAGCAGCGCCACGCUCGGCGCAGCUCGUCGAUCGGCAUUGCCAGCGACGCGCCCUCGUGGCUGCCACGCGGCGGUGCGGUGGACACGACGGGCAGACCGGCCGCCGCAAAGGCAGAUGCUUCACGGCGCUACUCGAGCUCCAACCGCACGCGGCCACAGUCGUCGACGUGGGACUACGUCGAGCGGCCAAAGGCGGCUGCGCAGCUGCAGUCGGCAGCUGUGCUGCAGACGGCGGCCGUGCUGCACAGCGGCCGCGCCUCUCAGGCGCGGCGUCCGGGCACCGCAGAUGGUGUGCGCCGUGUGGGCAGCUCGUCCAGCCUGCUGCCGCUGCAACUGGCCUCUCCGGCGCGGUCCGGGCCGUUCAACACCAACCACGCCAGCCCGCCGUGGACCACGUCCACGCCGCCGGCGAGCAAGCAGACGUCGCCCUCGCGCCGCUUCUCCACGUCGUACUUCAACAGCCAGGCCGAGAUGCAGCGGCGCAGCAAGGAGUCGGACACGUCUCGCUCUGACAUCACGUCGUCGUUCGAGGACUCGCAGUACUCAUCCGGCGAUCUCUCGACAUGCAGCGACGACCGCUCCUCGGCCACGUCGGCUUCCAUUUCGGCGCCCAGCUCUCCAGCGGAUGAUCUCGAUGUCUCGACGACGAAGUCUACUCGCAAGGAGCGGGCACCGCUGGCGCCCUUCACCGCACGCACGUGGAUGCGUGAGCGCGAUGACGACGAUGGCGAGACGUUUGCACCGCAUCGCGAGGCACGGCAGUCGUACCUGAUCUCGCCGUCCUUUGGCCAGCGCAUCCGCAACGACACGCUCGCGUCCUUCUACGGCGGCGACCGGCGCGGUGCCUCGCCAUUCACCGCACCGCGCGACGUGCGAGUGCCGAUGACCGUCGAAGGAGCACGCAUCAUUGCCCGGCGCGCGUCCGCCAACUCCAUGCGUGACGCUUACGACGCUGCGUCCACGUCCAGCCGGAGUAUCGCCUCGCGCACGCACGGCUCCGUGACGCCGCAAAGCGCCGCCGCGGCCUCGGCCUUCCAGCCGGCCUGGCAGUUCCAGCCGCCGACGAGCAAGCGCGGCAGCGUCGGUUCGAUCGACUCGAUGCGCGAGACGGCACCAGUUGGCAGCCCGAGCGCUCUGUUCCCCGAAGUGCCUUUCCGCCCCUUUCCCGUCAGCGGCAGCCGGCGAGCCAGCGGCAGCUCGCGGCGACGCAGCCAAGGCACCGACACGACGGCCGAGGACCUGCAGGCGGCCUCGAAGCGCCUGCAUCGCGGCAGCAUGCCGCAGGGCUUCCGGCCGCUGAGCAUGGCGGGCGACUUGCCUCCGCGCUCCGGCAGCUCGAUGAGUCGCCGUGGCAGCAUGUCGCUCGAGGACGCCCUGGCCAAGGCUCGCGCCGUGCGGCAAAUGUCGGGCGACGAUGGUCAGCUCGAGGUCACGCCGGCAUCGACCGACGCAGACCUUCUGCGCGCCCUCGCCGAUGCUCCGUCUCCACCGCCGCGCCCUGCCUUCUCGCCUGUCUCGCGCAGCGCUACGCCGCUGGCGCGCGAGAGUGUGCAGAAGCGCCGCUCAUCGCAGCCUCCGCGCCCGGCGAGCCCGGCGAUGGAUCCUCCUGCUUCCGGCACUGCCUUCUCCGCCACCAUCGUCACCGCCAAGGCUUGCACCCUGAACUUUGCACGUCCAUUCCGCGCCUUCGAGGAGGCCAGCACAGAUGGCUCGACGAGGCGUUUUAGCAUUCGUUCGUCGACCAGCCCGCCAGCCACACCCACGACGCCCGACUUUGUCGUCACGCGUCCCAAGCUGCAGCUGGCUGCCAGCUCGCCUGCUGUGGUGCUCAGCAGCUCGCCCAGCGCUAUCUCGCCGCGCAUGGCGCCGCUGCGCAUGCUGUCGGAGCCGAUGCUGUCUUCGCCGCCGCCGUCACGCAGCGUCUCGCCGCUGGACACGUCGCGCCCGCUUCCAAGUGUUACCGCACGUGGUCCAGGCAUCACCGCAAGCGCCACGCAGCCCGUCGUGCUGGCUCCCAGCCCGCUGUCGCCCAUCCCAUUGUGCUCGACCUUCUCGCGCGACUCUACACGCGUGGAGAUCAACGGCUCGCAGCCGAUCUCGCCGGAGAAGGUCAGCCGCAUCCGCAAAGCGCUGCGCCGCUUCUUCGGCGGCUCCGCCAAGGCACCCGUCCGAGAUGCUCCUGGCGCGGCAGAGACUCGCCGGGAGCCGCAGCUGCAGCAGAGCGAGUCGGGCAUCGGCUGCAUCGUUCUCGCUGCUGCCGACGACGCAGCGGCAGAAGAGUACCGCGACUGGCUCAACAAGGACGUCCGCGCACGCACCGGCAACAAGAAGCCCGUCAACCUCGCGCACGUCUGGAAGGCCGAGAUGGCGCGCGGUGGCGCUGCGCCGCCCUCGGCGCUCGGCCUGGCUGAGCAGCCGGCCUCUGCGCCGCCAAUGUGGCCUGCCGCCGAGCCGGUCGCCGCCACGACGUCGAAGCGCGCCUCGAAGCGCUCCAGCACGGGCUCGUUCAUGCGUCUGCGCGCCAUGUCGCUCGCGACGCCCAGCACCAAGUCUCGUCGCGACGCAGCUCCGGCUCCGCCCAUGCCGACCUCGACGCAGCAGCAGCAGCAGAAGGAGCCGAAGCUGCCCAAGUCGAGCUCGUCGGCGUCGCUGGCCGACAUGGCGCGCCGCCACUCCAAGCUGCGCCGCAGCAGCCUGCAGUCGCUCUCGUCGUACCUGCGUCAGCGCACGUAA